AUGGAGGACGACAUUGCCGCGAUCGUUAUUGACAAUGGCUCCGGGAUGUGCAAGGCUGGAUUUGCUGGCGACGAUGCACCCCGUGCGGUAUUCCCCUCCAUUGUAGGGCGUCCCCGGCAUACCGGUGUCAUGGUCGGAAUGGGCCAGAAGGACUCCUACGUCGGAGACGAAGCCCAAGCAAAACGGGGUGUCCUAACACUCCGGUACCCCAUCGAGCACGGCAUCGUCACCAACUGGGACGACAUGGAGAAGAUCUGGCACCACACCUUCUACAACGAGCUGCGCGUCGCGCCGGAGGAGCACCCGAUCCUCGUCACCGAAGCCCCGCUCAACCCGAAAUCCAACCGCGAGAAGAUGACGCAGAUCAUGUUCGAGACGUUUAACGCGCCCGCGUUCUACGUGCAGAUCCAGGCCGUGCUCUCUUUGUACGCGUCGGGACGCACGACGGGGAUCGUGCUCGACUCGGGCGACGGCGUGACGCACACGGUGCCCAUCUACGAGGGCUUCGCGCUCCCGCACUCCAUCCUGCGGCUCGACCUCGCCGGGCGGGACAUCACGGAUCUGCUGGUGAAGACGCUCACGGAGCGCGGGUACAUGUUCAAGACGACCGCGGAGCGCGAGGUCGUCAGGGAUAUUAAGGAGCGGCUGUGCUACGUCGCGCUGGAUUUCGAGCAGGAGCUGCAGACGGCGCUGCAGAGCAGCGCGCUGGAGAAGAAUUACGAGCUGCCGGACGGCCAGGUGAUUACGAUUGGGAGCGAGCGGUUCCGCGCGCCCGAGGCGCUCUUCCAGCCCAGUAUGAUGGGGCUCGAGGCGGCGGGGAUUCACGAGACAACCUAUAACUCGAUAUUCAAGUGCGACCUGGACAUUCGCAGGGAGCUAUACGGCAACGUCGUCAUGUCGGGUGGCACCACCAUGUUCCCAGGCAUCGCCGACCGCAUGCUGCGCGAACUCACUGCGCUUGCACCGUCGAGUAUGAAGGUCAAGAUCGUCGCCCCGCCCGAACGAAAAUACUCAGUGUGGAUUGGAGGCUCGAUUCUCGCGAGUCUCAGCACGUUCCAGAACCUAUGGUGCUCGAAGCAGGAGUACGAUGAGGCAGGGCCGGGGAUCGUGCACCGGAAAUGCUUCUGA